GAAUGGUGCACCUCUGUGCCGGUGGGUGUGCGUCGCUGUCCAACUCUGCAACUUUCGCACCUGAAAAUAGUUGAUUUGUGUGCGUGUGUGUUCAUGUGUGUGUAUGCACGAAGUUAAACAGCGUCUCCUCUACAGCCCAAAUGGCUUGGCUCUCUCCUCCGCGCACGUCUGGCACCGCUUUUUUUGCCCUGGUGCUCAUCUUGACAACAAGUGAUGCGCAGUUUUUCGAUCAACACCACGGACUAUCCUACGCCCUCAGGUCCGAGCUGUCAGAGGACACAGUGCUGGUGGCCAAUAAUGGUAUCCGGGUGCCUUUUGGAAGAUCUGCCUUCAUCGAUCCCAUCAACGACCUGGUCAUUCAAGUUCAGCCGGGUGAUAGGUGCACCAUCACAGUUCUGGAUAACGACCCUUUAUCCCAGAGGCCAGGAACUUUAACCCCUAAAAAGUUUCUUUGUGAAUUUGGACCUAAUGAUGUGAAGUAUUCCCACUUUGGCUCCAGAAGUCCGGCGAGGGACAGAGUGAAACUGCAGCUCAGGUAUGACACCCAGACGGACACUAUUAUCAUACCUUUCAUGAUGGAGGUGGAGGUCAUGUUCACUCAGCUGGAGGUGCUCACCAAAAAUAUGCCACUCACGGUAGAGAAGCUGCAAGGCACGAGCAAUCCCAUUGACAGGCGUGUUCUGGAAUUUACAUUUGACAGACAGACACAGCAGUGCAAAAUUGCCUCCCUGUCCCGUGGCGGCGUUCUGCCCAGGUACGGUGCCCUGGUGGACGAGAGCAGCCUGGGAACAGGACUGGUGGACUGUGAUGAAUUUCUAAAGCUGAACGUCCGGUAUGAGCACACGUCUGCUUUGAAGUCACCAAACAGAGAUUAUAUUCCCAUGGUGGUGGAGCUCCAUGACAAGGAGGGCAACUUGCUCAAGCAGGAGUUUUUCCAAAUCUUAGUGAAGAUAAAGGAAGGUGAGGAGAACACGCCACCCAAGCCCAGCUUUGUGGCCAUGAUGAUGAUGGAGGUGGACCAGUUUGUAAUGACCGCCUUAACCACGGACAUGUUAGCAGCAGAGGAUGCCGAGACUGAUCCUGAUGAAUUAAUUUUCAACAUCACGUCCCCGCUUCACUAUGAUGAAGGCUACAUAGUCAGCACAGAUGACAGGAAUUUACCAAUAACCUCCUUCUAUCAAGGAGACAUCAAAGACUUUAAAAUCGCCUACAAACCCCCCGCUGUGGACUCAGACAGUGAGCGGAUUUUUCAGAUUGAAUUUGAAGUCGUGGACACAGAAGGGGCCGUGUCGGACCCGUUUGCUUUCAUGAUCGUCGUUAAGCCCAUGAAUACUUUGGCUCCCGUCGUGACCAAAAAUACUGGCCAGCUGCUGUACGAGGGCCAGUCUAGGCCUCUCUCCAGUUCUCAAAAUCUAGAAAUCAGCGACGAGGACAAUUUAGACAAAAUCCAAAUCAGUGUGAUCGAUGGCCUGAAGCACGGGGACUUAACCAUGCUUGGCUCCGGGAGGAAGUUUUUCACGCCAUCCGACCUCACCGACGGACGAGUCGUUUACCAGCACGACGGCAGCGACACUUACAGUGACAACAUCAUUUUUCGGAUGACGGACGGCUCACAUGAGGUGGAGUUCCUAUUUCCCAUCACGGUGGUGCCGACUGACGACGAACCUCCGAUAGUCAAUGCGAACACGGGCUUGGUCCUGUUCAAAAAUCAAAUGAUGCCAAUCUCCUCUCUCAUGCUCAGCGCGGCAGACAUCGACUCUGAGGAUUCUACCAUAAAAUUCACAAUUGAACCUCCCUUUUCCACCAUCGGGCAGGUUCUGCUGCGCCAGGCCGAGGCCCCGGAGGACCCAUCCACGUGGAAGUUUAACACUGAGGAGGAAAUGUACGAAAAAGCUGUGACCGAGUGGCAGCAGCAGGACAUCACUGACGGCAAACUCUUUUACAAGCAUGUCGGGUCCCACAGCACUAACACCGUCAUGGAUCAAUUCAAGUUUCGAGUCCAAGAUGACAACGACCCUCCGAACCAAUCAGAAGAGAGCUCAUUUGUUAUCAAAAUCCUCCCCAUCGAUGACCUCCCCCCCGAGCUGCACCCAGACGCCACGUUGCAAAUGACUGUUCACGAAUAUCAGCUCACUCACUUCCGAAAGAAAUUUCUGCGCUACACUGACCUGGACUCGGAGGAUCGGGAUCUUAAAUACACCAUCACUCAGCCUCCCACUGACACAGAUGAAAAUAGUCCUGUUGUCCUGGGGGCUCUGGUUCUGACCGAAAACCCAAAUGUCCAAAUAAGAACUUUCACUCAGGCCCAGAUUAACCAUCACAAAGUGGCCUAUAAACCCCCUGAUCUGGAGCUGGGAAUCACCACUCAUGUUGUGCAGUUCAAAUUCACAGUGGAGGAUUUGUCUGGAAAUAGUGUGGACGGAGUUUUUAGUGUACUUCUAAAACCAGUGGACAACAAGCCGCCUCAGAUCACCAACUCUGGAUUUACUGUGUUUGAACGGGGUGCACAUACCAUCACGAGUGCUGAGCUGUACACCUUCGACUCAGACACAGACAGCAAGCUGAUGUCUUUUACUGUUUCUCAGCCUCCCCUGCAUGGACACAUCCAGUUUAUGUUCACACACAUGAUAAAAGGGGACACUUUUAGCCUGGAGGACAUUGACAGGCAGCAGAUUUCCUACAUACACAAUGGAGAUGAAUCAACGGUAGAUUCAAUACAAAUAGAUGUUAGCGACGGCGUCCACGUGGUCCCUAUCAACGUCAAGAUUAACGUGAAGCCGAUUGAUGACGAAACCCCCACUAUCAGCCUCCCUGUGGGCACAAUUGGCUCCUUUAUUGACGUGCUGGAGAAUGGAGCAACUGAAAUAACCACUCAUGUCAUUCAGGGAAAAGACGAGGACACCGAUGACCUGCGUUUGACCUUUAUCGUGGAGGACCCUCCGUCAUUAGGUGAGAUUCUGGUCCGAGGGGUCCCAUCGGCCAUGUUCACCCAAGCUGAUAUUAUCAACGGCCAUGUGGUGUAUGCGCACACCAGCGGGGAGUUGGGUUUUACCACCAAAGAAGACAUUUUUAAUCUCACUCUCACAGACAUGUCCGACGAGUGGACCGUGGGAGGUAAUAAGAUCACUGGUGUCAGAGUGCAUGUAACUAUUCUACCGCUGGACAGUCAGGCACCACAGGUCUUUGUGGGCUCACUAUUUUCGGUCAUUGAGGGCGAGAAGAACGCCAUCCAGACUCAUCAUAUAAGCGCUGACGACGUUGACACCCUCAUCGAGGACCUGCUUUGCACCAUCAUUGUGCAACCAUCUUCAGGCUACGUGGAAAAUAUCUCCCCAGCACCAGGCUCAGAGAAAUCCAGGUCCGGGAUGGCUGUUAGCGCCUUUACCAUCAAGGACAUUCACCAGAACCACAUCUACUAUAUUCAAAGCAUCCACAAAGGGGUGGAGCCUGUGGAGGACAGGUUUACCUUCAGAUGCUCUGAUGGCAUCAAUUUCUCAGAGAGGCACUUUUUCCCCAUCUCCAUAAUCCCCUCUAACGACGAAAAGCCCGAGAUUUACAUGAGAGAAUUCGUUGUCAUGGAAGGUAUGAACAUCGUCAUCGACACGCCUAUUUUGAACGGAGCCGAUGAAGACGUACCCACUGAUCAGCUCACCUUCAUCAUCACCAGACCCCCAAGACAUGGUUUUAUUUUCAAUCAGCUCACCACGGGCACCAUCCCCAUCUCCAACUUCACCUUGGAUCAGAUCAGCGAGGCCUCCAGCAUCGUGUACGAGCAUGACGACUCCGAGACUACCGAGGACAGCUUUGACGUCCUCCUCACAGAUGGAAAGUUCAGCGUUCAGAAGACAGCCAUCGUCAUGAUUAUUCCCGUGGAUGACGAAACACCAAGGAUGGCCAUCAAUGAUGGCCUCGAAAUUGAAGUAGGAGACGUGAAAGUCAUCAACGGCAACAUUUUGAGAGCAACUGAUCUCGACUCUGAGGACAGCACACUGACCUACAUUGUUCGCCACGGGCCUAGUCAGGGGUACUUGCAGAAAACAGUCCCGAAUGGGAUGCUGCAGAACAUAUCAGUGGGGAUGAAUUUCACACAGAACGAGCUGGACCAAGGUUUAAUCAUCUACGUCCAUAACGGGCAAGAGGGCAUCCGUGAUCUCAUCAAGUUUGAUGUCACAGACGGCUUCAACCCUUUGAUUGAUAGGUACUUUUACAUCACAGUGGGCGGCAUUGACAUGGUCUACCCAUAUGUAGUCAGCAAAGGUGUCUCCCUGAAAGAGGGUGGCAGGGUGACCCUCACAACGGACCUGCUCAGUACCAGCGACCAUAACAGCCCGGAUGAGUACUUAGUGUUUACAAUCACCCGAGCACCGGUGAGAGGCCACCUGGAGUGCACAGACACACCCGGAAUGCCCAUCUCGUCUUUCACACAGCUCCAGCUGGCUGGAAACAAAAUCUACUACAUCCACAAUGCCGACGACGAAGUCAAAAUGGACAGCUUUGAGUUUGAGGUGACAGACGGCUACAACCCCGUGUUCCGCACUUUCCGAAUAUCCAUCACUGAUGUGGACAACAAGAAGCCUGUGGUGACGGUGCACGGUCUGGUAGUUGCGGAGGGCGAGAACAAGCUCAUCACACCUUUUGAGCUGACGGCAGAGGACAGAGACACCGCCGCCCGCCUCUUAAAGUUCUCCGUCACCCAAAUCCCCAUCCACGGUCGCCUGCUCUUCAACAACAGCCAGCCUGUCACCUCCUUCACCAAGCAGGACCUGAACGAGAACAUGAUUAGCUACAAGCAUGAUGGCACAGAGAGCGCCGAGGACAGCUUCUCCUUCACGGUCACAGACGGCACCCACACUGACUUCUAUGUCUUUCCUGACACUGUGUUUGAGACCCGAAAACCCCAGGUGAUGAAGAUCAGCAUCCUUCCUUUGGAUAAUGGAGUCCCUCAGAUGGUGGUGAAUAAAGGGGCUCCGACGCUGCGGGUUCUCGAGGCCGGACACCUGGGGUUUGUGAUCACCAGCAAAUCCCUGAAAGCAGAAGACCGGGACAGCACGCACGAUACUGUGAUGUUUAGGAUUACGGGAACACCGCAGCAUGGCUACCUGAUCCACCUGGGCAAAGGAAAUGCCACCAUCAACACUUUCACACAAGCGGACAUUGACGACAUGAACAUAUGCUACAUUCUGCACGAGGGGGCCGACGCAACGAACGACAUUUUCCACUUUUCCAUUGAAGACUACGGAGGGAACAAACUGAGGAACCAGCAGUUUCGUCUCAAUUGGGCUUGGAUCUCGCUGGAGAGGGAACACCAUGUGGUGGAUGAGGAGGUCAAGUUCUUGGAGGUGGUGCUCAAACGUCGGGGAUACCUGGGGGAGACCUCCUUUGUUAGUAUCGGCACCAAGGACGGAACGGCGCUCAAGGACAAAGAUUUUCGAGGAAAAGCUCAGAAACAGGUGCAGUUCAAUCCCGGACAGACCACCGCCACCUGGAAAGUCCGCAUCCUGUCAGAUAGCGAGUAUGAGGUGUCAGAGACCUUCCAGAUUGUUCUGUCUGAGCCUGUAAUGGCCGUCCUUGAAUUCCCUGAGGCCGCCAGCGUGGAGAUUCUGGACCCCGAGGACGAGUCGGCCGUGUUCAUCCCAUCGGCUACAUACAACAUCGAGGAGGACGUUGGCGAGCUGAUGGUGCCCGUGAGGCGAAGCGGAGACGUCAGUCAGGAGCUCAUGGUCGUCUGCUUCACCCAGCAAGUGUCAGCCACAGGCACCGUGCCCACCACCGUGCUGUCCUACUCAGACUACAUCUCCCGCCCGGAGGACCACCGCAGCAUCCUGCGCUUCGACAAGGGCGAGGUAGAGAAGCCCUGCCGAGUGGUGAUCAUCGACGACUCCUUGUACGAGGACGAGGAAAGCUUCAACGUCACCCUCAGCAUGCCCAUGGGGGGCCGCCUGGGAGUGCAGUUCCCCAGCGCCAGAAUCACCAUCGUGCCCGACAUGGACGACACCCCCAUCUUCUACUUCGGCAACACCAACUACCACGUGGACGAGAGCGACGGCUUUGUGGAGGUGCAGGUGUGGAGGACGGGAACUGAUCUCUCCAAAGCGGGAACCGUCACGGUGCGCUCCCGAAAGACCAACCCGGUCUCGGCGGAAGCCGGAGCAGAUUACGUCGGAAUCAGCCGGAAUCUGGACUUUGCGCCUGGCGUUACCAUGCAGACGUUCCGUGUCACCAUCCUGGAUGACCUGGGCCAACCGGUGCUGGAGGGUCCGGAGAAGUUUGAAGUGGUGCUCCAGAUGCCCAUGAACGGGAUCCUCGGGGAGCCCAGCAAGGCCACCAUCCUCAUCAACGACUCUAUUUCAGACCUGCCAAAGGUGCAGUUCCGUGACGCCAUCUAUGUGGGCAAUGAGAACUCUGGGCAGAUAUCAGCUACUGUGUUCCGUGGUGGUGACAUCAGCCACAAGUCCACAGUGAGAUGUUACAGCAGGCAAGGGACAGCCCAGGUCAUGAUGGACUUCAACGAGAGGCCCAACACUGACGCCUCCAUCAUCACCUUCUUGCCAGGGGAGGUGGAGAAACCUUGUGUUCUGGAGCUGGUGGACGACACAGAGCACGAGGAAGAGGAGGAGCUGCGUCUCGUGUUGGGCAGCCCGAAAAGUGAUUCUCCAUUCGGAGCAUCGGUGGGCCAGCAGAAGGAGACAGUCAUCAAAAUAAAAGACGAUGGCGACAAGGCUGUUAUUAAGUUUGGGGAGACCAAAUUCAGCGUGAAUGAGCCAAAGGAAAGAGGACAAAUAUCUGUGGUGAGAAUCCCAGUGCUUCGCGUGGGAGACUUCUCUAAGGUCUCCGUCGUCAGAGUCCACACCAAAGACGGCUCUGCGACCUCGGGGGACGACUACCAUCCCAUAUCUGAGGAGGUUGUGUUCAGGGCGGGUGACACGCUGCACCACGUGGCGGUGGAGGUUCUUUACGACGGCGUUAGGGAGAUGAGGGAGGCCUUCACCGUGCACCUGAAGCCCGAUGAAAAUAUGGUGGCAGAGACGCAGUUAACCAAAGCCAUCGUCUAUAUCGAGGAGACCAACAGCAUGGCAGAUGUUACUUUCCCUUCAGUGCCCAGGGUGGUUUCUCUGCUUCACUACGACGACAUGGACAAGCACGGAGACUCUCUGCCUGUGGCUGGAUACCCUGUUGUUUGUGUCACUGCGUGUAACCCCAAGUACCCUGACUACGACAAAACCGGCUCCAUCUGCGUGAGCGAGAACAUCAACAACACGCUGACCCGCUACCGCUGGCUGGUCAGCGCCCCCAAAGGCCCGGAUGGUGUCACCGGCCCAAUGAGGGAGGUGGACUUUGACACCUUCUUCACCUCGUCCAAGCUCAUCACCCUGGACUCAGUCUACUUCCAGGCUGGCUCCAGGGUCCAGUGCGCCGCCAGGGCCGUCAACUCGGAUGGCGAUGAGGGGCUGGAGCUCAGCAGCCACAUAGCGUCCAUCAGCUUGGAUGAAGGCAUGUGCCAGCCUCGCACGGUGGGCACGGUGGGAGCCGAGCCUUUCUCUGCCAAGCUGCGCUACACCGGAGCUGAAGACCCCGAGCAUCCCAACCUCAUCAAGCUGACUGUCACCAUGCCUCACAUCGACGGUAUGCUGCCUGUUGUCUCCACCCGGGCCUUGUCCAACUUUGAGCUCACUCUCAGCCCUGACGGCACCCGCGUGGGCAACCACCGCUGUUCCAACCUGCUGGACUACUCCGAGGUCAAGACGCGCCACGGCUUCCUCACCGACGCCACCAAAAACCCGGAGGUGAUCGGCGAGACGGCACCCUACCAGUACAGCACCUCCCUCAGGGGCGCCGGCACGCUGCGCUUCUACCGCAACCUCAACCUGGAGGCCUGUCUGUGGGAGUUCACCAGCUACUACGACAUGUCCGAGCUGCUCAGCGACUGCGGGGGCAGCAUCGGCACUGAUGGACAGGUGCUGAACCUGGUCCAGUCCUACGUGACCCUGCGCGUCCCCCUCCACGUGUCCUACGUCUUCCACUCCCCAGUGGGCACAGGCGGCUGGCAGCACUUCGACCUUCAGUCGGAGCUGAGGCUCACUUUUGUGUACGACACCGCCAUCUUGUGGAGGGACGGCAUCGGUAGCCCGCCAGGAGCAGAGCUACAAGGCGCCCUGUACCCGACCAGCAUGCGCAUUGACGAGCAGGGGCGACUGGUGGUCAACUUCCGCACUGAGGCUCGAUUUCGAGGCCUGUUUGUGGUCACUCACCCUGCCUCCGCCCUCUCCUCCAUGGUCAUGUGUGCGGACCACCCCGGUUUGACCUUUAACCUGAGCCUGGUGAGGAGCGAGCCCACAUACAACCAGCCCAUCCAACAGUGGACGUUCGUCUCAGACUUUGCGGUGCGCGACUACUCGGGCACGUACACCGUGAAGCUGGUGCCGUGCACGUCGGCGCCCAGCCUGGAGUUCACCAUCCCUCCUGUGUGCAAUCCCAGGGAGCCCGUAACCUUUGACCUGGACAUCCGAUUUCAGCAGGUGAGCGAUCCUGUGGCUGCUGAGUUCAGUCUCAACACAGAGAUGAUCCUGCUCUCCAAAAAGUCUCUCUGGCUGUCCGACGGCUCCAUGGGCUUUGGCCAGACGAGCGAUACAGCCUUCUCGCAAGGCGACACCAUCUACGGCCGUGUGAUGGUGGACCCCGUGCAGAACUUGGGCGACUCCUUCAUUUGCAACAUUGAGAAAGUGUUCUUGUGCACGGGCGCUGACGGCUACGUACCCAAAUACAACCCCGAUCACUUUGAGUUUGGCUGCCUGGCUGACGCGCCGUCACUCCUCUACAGAUUCAAAAUCAUCGACAAAGCCCAGCCAGAGACGCAGGCCAGGGCGUUUGGCAACGUGGCCUUCAAGGCCCUGCUGGCUGCAGACGACCCCGCUGCUUUAGCGCUGGUGAGGCAGCCCGGAUCUGAUGGAUUCAGGAUGGAGUCCUCCGCCCUCUUUCAGGUGUCUGCGGGGAGAGAGUGGUACAUCCACGCCAUCUACACAGUCCGCUCCCGCACCAACGCCAACAGAGGAAUAGGCAAACGCAGCCUGGAGUACCACGUCCUCAGCCAUCACACGCCAACCGCUCGACAUCGCCAAAAGAGGUCCACCGACGACAACGUUCCCGAUGUGGCGGAGGACAUCGGUGUGGACAACAACCGCGGCACCAACAUCCUCCACAUCACGCUGGACCGCAGCAGCCAGCACAGGACCCACCUCGAUAAGGAGGUCUUCACCAAGGGGGUCGUCCCCCGAGAGCUCAACAGCCAGGAGAACGGGCACGACGGCCUGUUGCUCAUCAUCGGCGUCCUGGUGGGGCUGCUUCUCACCACGCUCCUCGUCAUCCUGCUGGUGGCGCUGGUGCGCUCCAAGCGGGAGAAGAAGGACGGGCCCGGGACGUCCGCUAGCAGGCAGCCCAUGAUGACGACCACGACGACGCAAGGCCUCAGUGACAGCUCUGAGGUCUGACAUGUCCUCAUGAAAGGUUUGUUUGGUACGCAGGAGUACCGGGGGCACACUGAAGGGGGGAAAAUGGUCCUACCUCUAUGACAACUUAGAGUUACGAGAAUAGCAGCAGAAUUUUACAGAAAAAAAUAUUUCAUGUUAUGACAAGAAAUUACAAUUUUUUAAUGUAAUUUUAUGAGGAAAAAAUUCUAAAUUUUACCUCCCACCCACAUUUUUAUUUUAAAACAAAAAGUGUUUUUUUUUUUUUAAAUAAAAGUUGUAAUUUAAUGAGAAUAAAGGUGACAUUUUACAAGGGAAAAAGAGCUUUAAAAAUUAUUUGGAGGGUUUUUUAUGCCCAAAUAAAAAGAAAAAUAUAUAAAAAUGUGGGUAACUUUGUUGGGGGAGGGAGGGGUUUGUUGAUUUUUUUUUUUUUUAUAAUGAUUUAUGUGAAAAAUCGCUAAUUUAAAAAUAACUUUACUGGUAAUUUGCAAGAAAAUAAUACAAUUUUCCAACAAAGAAGUCAGAUGAAACAAGUUAUACUGUAAUAAAGUCAUGAUUUUAUAAGAAAAACACUUUAAUUUUUGCAAAUAAAAAUCUAAAUUACGUUGGAAUUUUAAGAGUCAUCAUCUUAGGGUCAUACGUCAUCUUUUUUGGAUAAAAAUGGGUUAUAAUGAGAAAAAUAACUUUUAGAGAACAAAGUGACAAUAGUUCUGAGAUAAAAGUAUUCAUUUUAUGAGAAAAACAAUGUUCAUUUUUUGAUACAAAAGACUAACUUUACCAGAAAAAUGUAAUCUUCAGAUCUCAUGUUACAACUUUUUUCUUCUAAAUAAUUGAGAUUUGGAUGUUUUUAUUCUCAUGACAUGCGUAUUCUCUUCCGUGUGUCCCUAGAACUCCUGCAUGGGUUUUGCAAGUGCCUCACACCAGAUGACAAAAUGUCUUUCCUGCGUGUCAAGAGCUUUGAUUGUGUUCUGAAAUCUACUUGAAAUGUGAUGACUUGUUGGGUCGGGCCGAGACCGUGUCACCGUCGUCUGUUUUGUAGUCGUUAGUUUGCUUCUUUUGCCUCACAGUCCAAAAAAGGAAAAAAGGUGUUGUUAAUGUUUCCAAAGGUGCUACAGGUCACGUGACUUACAAAAAAAAUGUGCAUUAUUCUGUGUUAAAUGUGUUUGUGGCCAAGAAAUCAAGUUUAAUAUUACUUGUUUGGUUUUUUAUCAUACAACACCACGACUAGCGGGCUUUGAUUUCCUGUGUAUUAUUUUUGGUGUCAUUGUGAAAAAAACUACUGAUUUGAAUGAGGCAGAAGUACAUUUUCCGCAUUUCAUCCGGUCUUCAGCACAUGUAUUUAUUUUAUGGUCCCAUUAAUCUUGCAGUGCAAUGCCUUCAAAGUUGAUCUGAAUUAAUUCGGUAUCUGCUGUUCAUGUUAAACCAAGUUACUUUUUAUUUUUAAUCUAUCCACUGGAUUACCUCAUUCUGCUGAAUUUAGUUGUUAGUAUCAAGGAUGUUAGCUUUGGGUUUUUAUUUUGAGGGGGAAAAAACAACUAUGCAAUUUGUGAUAUAACCAAUUUAAAAGUUUUUCUUUGCACAUCUUGCUUGCCAAUUAUCGUAAGAAUCGUGAGAGUCCACGUAUUUGUGUUUUUUUUUAUUUGCUCUGAGUGAGCUUUUUAUGCACACGUAUGUACAGUAAGUAUGUACUGUAUAUACAGCUAUACUAUGUAUGUGUAUACCAUAUUGGAUGGUUUGGAAGUGGCUGUUGUUGAAAAUGCAUACUGUACUUGCUGUAAGUAUUCCUAACAUAGACCACAAGCACACCACCGGUCUGAAAAUAAA